AUGUCUGCCUCUGCUGAUUAUCAAGCCACCGGGGAGUUGGAGCGAACUGUUGGUGGACCGCGCCGCAGAAAGCACGAUGACGAUGAUGAGGGUCCGGAUAAUUCUGAAGACGAUGAUCUAGAAAGCACUACUAGUGCUCAUGCUGAUAACCCAAGGUUUCCUGGAAAUCUGGAGGAGGAAAAGGAACUUGCCCCGCACGCAUGCGCUUAUUGUGGUAUCCAUAACCCAAGCAGUGUGGUAAAAUGCCUCUCUUGCAGCAAGUGGUUCUGUAGUGCCCGUGGCAACACAUCUUCAUCCCAUAUCGUGAACCACCUUGUUCGAGCUAGGCACAAGGAAGUCCAGCUGCAUCCCGAGUCGUCCCUUGGUGAUACUGUUCUAGAAUGCUAUAACUGUGGGACUAAGAACGUUUUUCUCCUUGGAUUUAUCCCCGCAAAGUCCGACACCGUCGUUGUGCUGUUGUGCCGUCAACCCUGUGCUGCCAUGCCGUCGUCCAAGGAUAUGAACUGGGAUACAUCGCGCUGGCAACCUUUGAUCGAGGAUCGGUCUUUCUUGACAUGGCUUGUGGCUGCUCCAUCUGACCAGGAACAACUCCGGGCUCGUCACCUUAGCCCGCAGAUGAUUGCGAAGCUGGAGGAGAUGUGGAAGGAGAACUCCCAAGCUACCAUAGCCGAUUUGGAGAAGGCCACGGCUGUUGAUGAUGAACCCGCGCCAGUUCUCUUGCGCUAUGACGACGCAUUUCAGUAUCAAAAUAUCUUUGGUCCACUUGUCAAGAUUGAAGCAGAUUACGACCGCAAGUUGAAGGAGUCACAGUCGCAGGAUGGAUUGAUUGUCCGCUGGGACCUUGGUCUUAACAAUAAGCACCUGGCUAGCUUCAUCCUACCCAAGCUCGAGCUCGGAGAUGUGAAGCUGGCUGUCGGAGACGAGAUGCGUCUAAAAUACACGGGCGAACUGCGACCGAAGUGGGAAGGAGUGGGAUACGUCAUCAAGAUCCCUAACAACCAGUCUGACGAGGUCACUAUCGAGUUGCGGGCUAAAGGCGACCACAAGUCGGUUCCCACCGAAUGCACACAUAACUUCACUGCCGACUAUGUCUGGAAAUCAACUUCAUUCGACCGUAUGCAGCUUGCCAUGAAGACCUUCGCCGUUGACGAGAUGAGUGUUUCCGGCUAUAUCUUCCACCGUCUUCUGGGUCAUGAAGUCGCGGCCGCCCCGAUGAAAACGCAGAUGCCGAAGAAAUUCAGCGUUCCCGGUCUUCCUGAGCUCAACGGCAGUCAAAUCAACGCCGUCAAAAGCGUUCUCCAACGGCCUCUGAGCUUGAUUCAAGGUCCUCCGGGAACCGGAAAAACAGUCACAUCCGCCACAAUCAUCUACCAUCUUGCCAGGAUCAACGGGGGCCAGGUUCUCGUAUGUGCGCCUUCCAACGUUGCCGUCGAUCAGCUCUGCGAACGUAUUCACCGUACCGGUUUGAAGACUGUCCGUGUGACAGCCAAGUCUCGCGAGGAUGUCGAAUCGCCUGUCGGCUUCCUGUCUCUCCACGAACAAGUUCGCCUCAAUGAUAGCAACAUCGAGCUCUUGAAGCUCAAUCAGCUGAAGGCCGAGCUCGGUGAAUUGUCUAGUCAAGAUGAGAAACGAUUGAAGCAGCUUACAAGGGCCGCCGAGCGCGAAAUUUUGAACAAUGCUGAUGUCAUCUGCUGUACUUGUGUUGGUGCAGGUGAUCCGCGACUCGCAAAACUCAAGUUCCGUACUGUGUUGAUCGACGAGUCGACUCAGUCUGCGGAACCCGAGUGCAUGAUCCCCUUGGUUCUGGGCUGCAAACAAGUUGUCCUAGUUGGUGACCACCAACAGCUUGGUCCUGUCAUCAUGAACAAGAAGGCGGCCAAAGCUGGUCUCAACCAGUCACUCUUUGAGCGUCUUGUCAUUCUGGGCUGUUCUCCCAUCCGGCUGAAUGUUCAAUACCGUAUGCACCCUUGUCUCUCGGAGUUUCCCUCAAAUAUGUUCUAUGAGGGAUCGUUGCAGAACGGUAUCACCUCUUUCGAGCGUCUACGCCGGGAAGUUGAUUUCCCUUGGCCCAUUAUGGAUAACCCUAUGAUGUUCUGGUCGAACCUUGGAAAUGAAGAAAUAUCGGCGUCUGGAACUUCAUACCUCAACCGCACCGAAGCAGCCAACGUGGAGAAGAUUGUCACUCGCUUCUUCAAGGCUGGUGUCCAACCAAAGGAUAUUGGUAUCAUUACUCCAUACGAAGGCCAGCGCAGUUACAUUGUCAGCUCCAUGCAGGCGACUGGCACCUUCAAGAAGGAGCAUUACAAAGAGAUUGAAGUUGCUUCCGUCGAUGCUUUCCAGGGUCGUGAGAAGGACUUCAUCAUUCUCUCCUGCGUGCGUUCCAAUGAUCACCAAGGAAUUGGUUUCUUGAGUGACCCUCGCCGCUUGAACGUCGCUCUUACUCGAGCCAAAUAUGGACUAGUAAUCCUUGGAAACCCCAAGGUGUUGUCUAAGCACCCUCUCUGGAACUGUCUCCUGCAACAUUUCAAGGAACGCCACUGCCUCGUCGAAGGCCCAUUGUCCAAUCUUCAGGAAUCUCUUAUCCAGUUCAGCCGCCCAAAGCAAGCAUAUCGAGGACCGCAACGAUUUCAGAUGGCCUACAAUCAUGUUUCAAAUGCUACCAGUGGGUUCAUGAAUGGAAGAAAUGGACACCGGAACGACUUCCACGAGAGUGGUUCGGUGGUCGGAUACAUCCCUGAUGACGUCUCUUCUGUUCACUCGUCUGCACUUGGUGGCGUGGGCAUUCCUUCUGGAUACCCUCCGAUGUUCCAGCAGUUCGCGGAUUCGUGGCCCUCGCUCCCUGGAGCUCGCCGGGCCAACGGAAAUAGAGGAAAGGGAGCGCCUAGUAUCGCUGGCGAGUCCGUUGCAGCCACCGAAUCCGACAUUACCUCCAGCAUCAUCGAUGGAAAGGGCGCAGACCAAGGCGGUGUCAGCCUCGCAGGAUUGAGCAUCAACGAUAUGACCAAACAGCCAAGCCUCAGCCAGUCCGAUAGGUUGAAACGCUACGUAGAGUCUGGAGCGCGUGAACCUUACAAACCCGGUGUCACUGAUAACGGUAGCAUCUUCGGUGGAAGCUCGGCCAGCAUUCGUGUCACUCGUGGGGUACCAGGUCAUAUCCAUGACGAUGAUGAUGCGCGAAGUGUUUCAACCGCCUUUGCCAGCCAGAUUGGAGGUAAUUAUGACUGA